CUCCAUUAGAAUUUCAACCUAAUGUCUUCUCUUGUGGAGGAUCGUCGCAGGUCUAGAAAAUCCGCUCCAGUCAAGAAUGCCGUUUUUUUAGGGGCUAUUAAUAAAGGGCGUUCGCGUAUCUGCCCGUUAGUGACUCAAAGUCCUGUAGAUAAAUUAAAUUAUAAUGACCGGGAAAAUGGUCGAAAGUUGGAAAUUUCGUCUCAGACAGUAAGAAAUAGCAGGUCAUCUACUCAGAAAGUCAGCCCAUCGACCCCUUUCCGCAUGUCUACGCCUGUUAGGAACUGUGAGACAACUCCUAGAUACAGAACCCGGCACCGAUCUAAAGAGGAAUACAAUGACCACAAUAGAUCACGAAGCAUUUUGUCCUCGAUUGGAAGUCGCAGAAAAUUCCAUCCAAACUAUGACCCACUUAUUGAAAUCAGGCGCGCUCAGGAACGCCUCGACCGCUAUCGCACUCAAGGAGACUGGAAGGUCGAUAUGCUGUUGUCCGACGAUGCAGACGAAGAUCUGAGUCGAUAUGAAGAAAAACUGAAACGAAGAUUAAUAGAAAAAGGGGAAACACAGCAACCCAUUGAACUUGAAAGGAGGCAAAUGGAAUUGUUGAGGAGGCAGAAGGACAUUGAUAUGGGAAAAGUGACAGAACGCUACGCUGAAUAUGUGUUGAGUAUCCCAAAACCUGAGCGCCAGAAGUAUCAUCCUCGUACUCCCAACAAGUUCCGUAAAGUUUCUCGCCGAGCAUGGGAUGGGAUGAUUCGGAAGUGGCGCAAACAUUUACAUAAUUUCGAUAAUCUUAAUUUUGAAGAUACUUGGCGUUCCUUAUCAACUGAUCUCUCGAGUAAUUUUUCUGGUUCAUCAUGGGUUUUGGAAAGUGGUGCAUCCAGUGACACUGAAAAUAUAAACCCAGAGGAAUAUCAUAUUGCUUUAGUAAACCAUAGCCAACCUCUGUCUCGUACAUUUCUAAGUCCAAAGGAUCUUACAGCGUCACCAACUAUUAACGUUUCAUACAGCCGUCAUCAGUAUCGUAAGUACGAUGAAGAUGAAGAUACAUUACAAUCGAAUCCAAGACACUGUAAAGAAGAGGAACGUUUUCCAACUAUUGCACCUAAAGAGGAAGAGGAGGACACUUUGACUGGCUCGUCUAGUAUUCAUGAAAACCGAAGAAUAACGCGAAAUUCUAAAAUGCUUUCUGGGCCUUCUGCCGAUGUGUUACAUAGUGGACUUACAAACGAUAUGCAAUCACUUGCUGCAGUUGCUCAAAAAAGGUCUUCAGUACAUCUCGAUCAAAGCAUUGUUGGUAAACGCCCAGUAGAUAUUCAAAGUUUCACUGACUUUCCUCAUUUGAAUUCGUCUGAUGGUGUUUUUUCUCCAAAUAAACGAAUUAAGCGUGGUGGUGUAAAACAUGAAGGAUGAAGUUAAUUACAAUACCUAUGGUUCGUUUACAUGGAAUUAUAUUUAGAUAUAUGAACUUUUUGCUGAGAACAGUUAACUUUAUUGUUUUUUGUCUGUUAUUCGUCUUUUAAUGAACCUCCUUUAAUUUUGCCUCAUUUAUAUCGUGUUUACUGUUUAUUCCUGUCGUUUCAAACAGCUUGGUAAAUUUUCAAAGAUACAUUACUUCAGUAAUCUUUCUCGUUAAUGAUUUCAGUCACCAAGUGAUUGUUUUUACUAAUUUGUUUUAUAAAUAUUCAGAAUGUUAUAAAUUUAACAUUUUAAGUUAUAUGUUUUUCAACUA